CCGACCGACGACGUCAGUUCAAAUCGGAGCGACGCACGAACCGAGCGCUUCGUGCCGGCACGCGCUGUUUAUUUCUCGCGAACCUACCCUUACAAGUAGCCCAUCCGACCCACCAAUUGCUACGACUAUCGACUCGAUUUUUUCGGCCCUCCGUCAAAAAGUUUAUCGACCCUACGCCUAACAACCCUUAUUCUUUUCAUUCAGUCAGUCGCUCCCUCUAAUUAUGGACUCCCCCUGAACUUAGUUGAAAAAUCCGGACGCUCUCGAUUCGGCUGCUUUUAUUGCUUUAUUAUUUUUAUUACUCUACUUCUGGUAUUACGACUGUUUCAAAUUCCUUCUGUAAUUUAAUUUAUCCAUCUACUUUUUCUAAAUGGACAGCUGAAAAGUUCGUACGUAAUACAGCAACACUAUUUAGCGUCACCGUUAUCUGUAACCAGGUCAAUUAGGCAUCUCCGAACCAUGACACUGCGUUGACAUUGCCGCCUUUCGAGUGCGUAUAGUGAAUGUGAGUGAGUUGAGGUUGGACUGAGGAGACGUGGAACCGGUGCAUGGUUGCGUGAAGUGCACCGCCGCAGCGGAUGUGCACACCGCUGCCGCCCUGGUGGUUCGUGCCGGCUGGAAUGCCAGCUGCUCUUGACCUAACUAGGUUCAAGAGCGGGGUGCGCUCAGUGAGGGGCGGGGGCGGUGGGGGCGGCGGGGGCGGCGGCGGCGCGGAGGAGGCGCGGCGCGGCGGCCUCAAGGCGCUGCCGAAACGCGCCCGCACUCGCUGCAGGGGCAUGAACAUGGGGCAAAAGCUCUCCGGCGGAGUCAAGUCGGUGUCGCGCGACUGCACGGCGCCCUUCAAGGCGGUGGUGGCGCGCGAGCUGGCGCCCGAGCCGCCGCGCCCCGCGCGCCUCGACGCGCUGCUCGACGCGCCGCCCGCGCAUCCAGACACGCAGAUCAAACAUGCCUGGAACCCAGAUGACCGAUCGUUAAACAUAUUCGUGAAAGAGGAGGACGCGUUGACGUUCCACCGGCACCCGGUGGCGCAGAGCACGGACUGCAUCCGCGGGCGCGUGGGCUACUCGCGUGGCCUGCACUGCUGGGAGGUGGUGUGGCCGGCGCGCCAGCGCGGCACGCACGCCGUGGUGGGCGUGGCCACGGCGCACGCGCCUCUGCACUCCGUCGGCUACCAAAGUCUGGUGGGCGCCACCGACCAGAGCUGGGGCUGGGACCUCGGGAGAAAUAAGGUGUACCACAACGCGAAGGGCACGGGCAGCAGCGGCGCCACGUACCCCGCGCUGCUGCGGCCGGACGAGCAGUUCCUGGUGCCCGACCGCCUGCUGGUGGUGCUGGACAUGGACGAGGGCACGCUGGCCUUCUGCGCGGACGGCCGCUACCUGGGCGUGGCGGCGCGCGGCCUUCGCGGCAAGACGCUCUACCCCGUCGUGUCCGCCGUGUGGGGCCACGCCGAGAUCACCAUGAAGUACAUCGGCGGCCUAGACCCGGAGCCGCUACCGCUAAUGGAGCUGUGCAGGCGCGUGAUCCGACAGCGCGUGGGGCGCGCGCGGCUCCGCGCCGCCGCCUCGCGCCUCGCGCUGCCGCCCGCGCUCACCGCCUACCUGCUGUACCGCGCGCCCUAGCCGCCGCUGCCGCUGCCCCCGCGCCCCGCAGACACACCCCCCUACACAUGACCGCGCCCGCUGCACGCACAAGCUUCCCAUGCUAACCGUGCAGACGUUACCCACGUCUGAAACCAAGCGUCCAGCGCUGGAGCCCGUAGACAUUAUGAACUGUUUGAUAUAAGCUGAGAAAUUGUAAUUCUUCUGUGCUGCCCGAGUUGCCCUGCCUGCAGGUGCAUGGUUUUGCUUAUUCAUUCAGAUGUAAAAGUUUGAAUGUUUGUUGCUUCUUCACACCACAACGACUGACCGAUUUGGUUAUUUGAAAUGGAAAUACCUUGUACCCUGGAUUAACAACAUAUAGGCUACUUUUUAUCCCGGAAAAAUCAUAAAGUUCCUGCAGGAUUUUUAAAAAACAUAUCCGCGCGGAUAUAUAUAGAUGUUUGGAUUCUUAAGAUUUAAAACUCGGAACUCUGAAAGCAAGUUUUUUCAAACAGCGGGCAAGAAACUUUUCACGUUCUUACUUGACCGGCCUGAACAACAAACAAUGCUAACGAACGACUAAAAAAAGCAAAGCCCGAUCACGGCGGAGUGCGAUAGAGAUGCAGCUACUCGUGACAUACAUCAGCUGGCCAACUAGAACCGACAAACGCAGAAGAACCUACUUACUCAGCUUUUAUCAAUCACCACUUCAACUUCGGGCUUUCGGGCCAGCAUGCUUACAAUCAAACAUAUGCUCUCAAUGUAGACAGUUUUGACAAGCGCUACUUUCCGUCGCUCGAUUGGAUGCGAACUAUAAAACUUACGAUAUCAUACCUCGAACAUGGCUCCUCGAUAUAAGUGUCUUAUCCUAGCCAUUAUGUUAACACUGAAAUCUAUGUGAACUAUGAUAUUAUGUUGCUACUUCCAAAUAUUACAGGGUGAUUGUACCAUAGAAUGAUAACUUAAGUCCACAAUUUAAGUAAAAAGUUUCAAGUAGCAAGAAAAUUAGCAUCUCAAAGCAAAAUAAUGGGUGGUGUAAAAGCCAAAGUUGUAAUAAGAGCUGAUUCCGAAUUUUGCCAAGAAAUUAAUGAAUCGAGACUUUUCAAUUUACGAUUUCUGCUCAGAUAUUCUUAUAAGUGCUUCUCUACUUGAUAUUAACCCUACUGUUCAUAAAAACCUACUUUAUAAUUACGUCACUUACGUAUAGUAUGUUUUUGAAUGUAAUAUUUGCCUUAUCUUUAUGUGUAAAUCGGCUCUUAAAAUAAUUUAUUGAGAUACAAACCAAAGAAAUUACAAUCACCAGAGAUUUCUUACUUUCUAUGAAUACAAUACUUACAUCUAUUUAAUUGUUUUGUACUUUUGCUCUCACUGUUCGAGGAAAUUACUGUCCAUUUAAUGUGUUAAAGAGUAAUAAAUUAUACAAAACCUUGCUUCCAAAACCUAGCUGUAGCAUAUAAUAUGAAACUUCCAAAAUAAUUAUUACAAGACUAUGAUAAUUCCAAUGCUGUAUAUGUUACAAAAUGUUAUAAAUUCAGUUACGCAGUUCCAUGAAUGUAACGGGUUUAGGAUGUUCUGAUUUAACAUGUUACGUAUAAUUCCGUUGUGAACAUUUUAUCAUUUAUUUUUGCACUAACUGUGAUAUUUAUAUUUUAAAGGAAACACCAGCAUUUUUGUAUGUGAAAAUAUUGUUACAUUCGUGUUGAAGCAUACCAUAAGAAGUUUGUGGAGUAUUCAAUAAUUGUGGAUGGGUUAGUUAUAUCUUGACGCUUAGUGGUGGGCGGUUAUUAUGAUGGUACUAUUCCGUUACCGAUAUUAUCAAAUUAUGGACGUUUUAUAUACGAUAAUAUUUAUAAGUUAAAUGUGGCAGAAAAUCAUGACCAAAAUUUGUGUUGACAUCGAUCCAUAUGCGAGCCGCACCUUUUGAAAGCCAUAUGAUCUCUUAUCGAAUAUGAAUAUCUGCAUUGAAUAGAACUAGUCACUGCAGAACAUCGUAUUUAACUUGUUAAGAAAUAUUAUAAGAGUGAUCCAAGCAAUUUAUACAUAACUCACGAGCCUCCGCGAUAUCGAUAUCUAAUGUUAGAAUGCGAUCGUCUCACCGAGUGCGCCGCUCGUGUCUAGGCCAGUGUAUCGUUGGCAAUCUUACAUACUAUUAUAUAGCUCAUUAAGUGACUGGUUUAUUUUUAGUUUAGGAUUUUAAUUCCUAUUGUAAAAACGUGUGAUUGUGUGAUGUGUACAUAUAUAAUAAAGGAGACGCGCAUUAUUUUGUUUUAAAAUAAAUGCUACUGAAAAUUUUACUAUAAUCAUGUCGGAACUGUUAGGCCUUAUUCAGAGCAAUUGACUUCAAACAGUGCUUGCAAUCGAGUAAACUAUAAUGUACGCUAGUUUUGAGUCAAUUUCAGAAUAUUUAUGUUAACUCCUGCUUCCAUAGCAUGUAAACCAUGCCUUCCGUCGCUAGCGAAUCAUGACCUAACUAAUAAACAAACCUUAAAGUAUCAGCAGAAUAGAAUCUCUUAGUACUUUUAAAGUACCUAGUAAAGAAAAAAUCGCUCAAAUGCGAGUCGCACACAAAGGGUUUGGCACAAUCGUUGGCGGCCAUUUUGAAAUCUUUGAAUUUGUUAUAGCGCCAAUAGAAAUACACAUUCUGUGAAAAUUUCAACUCUACCUAUUGUGGUUCACGAGACAGCCCGCUAACAGACACACAGACGGACGGACGGACAGCGGAGUCUUAGUAAUAGAGUCCCAUUGGCAACCUUCGGGUACGAAUCCCUAAAAAGGAAUAGAAUUUCCACUCGCGUGGAAGGAACGCUUUGACGUUACUUCCUAACGACACUAUAUAUUAUGCUAUACAAUACGUAAGGCCAGAUUUCCACAAAACAAUUAUUUGUGUUGAUAAAAACAAUCUACUUUCAAUUUAUUAUAAAGUAUUGUUGUUGUCUUUUUCCUAGAAAUCUGGCUUACCCAUGCCACCGUUAUGCGAUGUAACUACCUAAUGUUUCGAGUUUUUAGAAACUCCUGUUAUUCUCUCUUCGUCUUUUGUGACGUUAGACUAUUAGGUGUAAUGCAAUAAGUUUUUGAGAAUAGGAUUUUCAAAGCACCGUUUUCUAAUGAAAUAAUACGUCAGCCAUUUUUAACGCAAAUUAGUUAUAUUGAGAAAUGUAAAAUAAGUACUUCCAUUUCAUUAAGUUUUUUUUUGUAUGUAGACUGUACGGCAAGUAGUCCCACGUGGAGCUGUUUCAUUGCCGUCGAUAUUGACACUUGACCUCUAGCUUUAUAUAACACGGUUAACAUUGAAUGUAAACGCAAAGUAGUAUUAUUUUGUAAAAUAUGAAUACGAAGGGUUUCGUGUGAAUAUCGACGUGUGUGAAGUUACUAUGAUAAACUGCCAAAUGCGACAUUUAUGAACGUUUCGUGCGUGUGAACGAAUUAUGCAUGAAUGACAAUGAGUGACGAAUGAAUGGCGAGAGAUUGUAGUGUGAGCCGAGUGAUAAGGAAUAUUUUUGUUGUGUAAGAGAUAGAUUCAUGGUAACAUAAAAUACACCAAGCUGGAUGUACUAAUGAAAUGAAGUCCUUUAGAAUGAGCUCUGAGAGAUACGUGCUUAUUUUAGUGUAUUCUUUUCUGCCCAAACUAGUGUUAAUUUAUUGCAAUACAUUAACAGAUAGGGGCUCAUUCGAAAGGAUAACGUAUAUAAUUAGCGAAAUAUCAAUUUUAAUUUUUAAAAACGUCUUAUUCCUGUAUAUAAACUAUCAUUUUGCGAUGACGAUUGAAUUAUUAUAAGUGGAAAUUGCAUUUUAGUUUUAUAAGUAGUAGGCAAUAUUUUUAAAGUCAUUUCUAACAGACAACUGCCAUUGGCAGCGGAAUCUCUUAGAUACAAUGAAUAAAAAAAAUAGGAAAACGAUUGGAAUAAAUAUACUGGUUAAGAAAAUAAUAAAUGAUUAUGAAAUAA